GCCGGCGCCGCGGUUCCGCCCGCGGGAGCCCUUUGUGCUCGGCGGAGCGCCGGUGAGGACCGCAGGGCUAGGGGCGGGCCCCGAGGCUCGGGGCUGGGGAGGGGGCCGCCGCCCCCGCAGGUGGGACAGGUACGGCCUGCGCGGCGGCGCGCGGCCCAGGUGGGCGAGCGUCCCCGCGUCCCGCCGCCGGCGCCCUCCCCGCUCCGCGCCCUCCCCAGCCUCGCGGCCGGCGCGAGGCCGCCCGGGCGGCUGUUGUGCCGGCGGUUCCGCCUAGCGGUGCCGGGUCCGAGGAAGCCACGGCGGUAUCCGCCGAGAGCCGGGACUGGGCUGCGAUCUCGUUUAUGAUGGAGGGAAGCCGGCAGACGCGAGUGUCUCGGCCGUACAAGAUCAGCGAGUCCUCAAAGGUGUACCGCUGGGCCGAGCACUCGGGCACAGUGCUGCAGCGGCUGAAUGAGCAGCGCCUGCGCGGCCUCUUCUGCGACGUGGUCCUGGUGGCCGAUGAGCAGCGCCUGCCGGCCCACCGCAACCUGCUGGCCGUGUGCAGCGACUACUUCAACUCCAUGUUCACCCUGGGCAUGCGCGAGGCCUUCCAGAAGGAGGUGGAGCUGAUCGGCGCCUCCUACAUCGGGCUCAAGGCCGUGGUGGACUUCCUGUACGGCGGAGAGCUGGUGCUGGACGGCGGCAACAUCGACUACGUGCUGGAGACGGCCCACCUGCUGCAGAUCUGGACUGCGGUGGACUUCUGCUGCGAGUACCUGGAGCAGGAGGUGAGCGAGGACAACUACCUGUACCUGCAGGAGCUGGCCUCCAUCUACAGCCUCAAGCGGCUGGACGCCUUCAUCGAUGGCUUCAUCCUCAGCCGCUUUGGCACGCUGUCCUUCACGCCCGCCUUCCUGCAGAACAUCUCCAUGCAGAAGCUGUGCGCCUACCUGGGCAGCAGCGAGGUGCAGCGGGAGUGCGAGCACGACCUGCUGCAGGCCGCCCUGCAGUGGCUGACGCAGCAGCCUGAGCGCGAAGCCCAUGCCUAUCAGGUGCUGGAGAACAUCCACUUCCCGCUCAUCCCCAAGAACGACCUGCUGCACCGCGUCAAGCCCGCCGUGUGUUCCCUGCUGCCGCGCGAGGCCAACUGCGAAGGCUUCAUCGAGGAGGCCGUGCGCUACCACAACAGCCUGGCGGCCCAGCCCGUCAUGCAGACCAAGCGCACGGCCCUCCGCACCACCCAGGAGUGCCUGCUCUUUGUGGGCGGCGAGGUCUCCGAGCGGUGUCUGGAGCUCAGCGACGACACCUGCUACCUGGACGCCCAGAGUGAGCAGUGGGUCAAGGAGACGCCCCUGCCAGCCCGGCGGAGCCACCACUGCGUCGCCGUGCUGGGGGGGUUCAUCUUCAUCGCCGGCGGCAGCUUCUCACGGGACAACGGAGGGGAUGCGGCCUCCAAUCUCCUUUAUAGGUAUGACCCCCGCUGUAAACAGUGGAUCAAGGUGGCCUCCAUGAACCAGCGCCGUGUGGAUUUCUACCUGGCCUCCAUCGAGGACAUGCUGGUGGCCGUCGGCGGCCGAAAUGAGAACGGAGCGCUCUCCUCGGUAGAGACCUACAGCCCAAAGACUGACUCCUGGUCCUACGUAGCCGGCCUGCCAAGGUUCACCUAUGGCCACGCAGGCACCAUCUACAAGGACUUUGUGUACAUCUCGGGGGGCCACGACUACCAGAUCGGCCCCUACCGCAAGAACCUGCUGUGCUACGACCACCGGACGGAUGUGUGGGAGGAGCGGCGGCCCAUGAGCACGGCGCGCGGCUGGCACAGCAUGUGCAGCCUGGGGGACAGCAUCUACUCCAUUGGCGGCAGCGACGAUAGCCUGGAGUCCAUGGAGCGCUUCGAUGUGCUGGGCGUGGAGGCCUACAGCCCACAGUGCAACCAGUGGACGCGCGUGGCGCCCCUGCUGCACGCCAACAGCGAGUCGGGCGUGGCCGUGUGGGAGGGCCGCAUCUACAUCCUGGGCGGCUACAGCUGGGAGAACACGGCCUUCUCCAAGACCGUGCAGGUCUACGACCGCGACAAGGACAAGUGGAGUGAGGGCACCGAGCUGCCCAAGGCCAUCGCCGGCGUGUCGGCCUGCGUGUGUGCCCUGAAGCCGCGGCUGGAGGACAAGAAGAAGAAGGGCAAGGGCAAGAGGCCCCAGGACCGCGGCCAGUGACCCCCGGCGUGCCGACAGACCAGCAGCCACCGGAGAACCCGGGCACCAUUAUGUACGACCUAGCAGCUUUUUUUUUUUUAUUUUUACUUUUAUGAUUCUUGGUAUUUCUAUGGUAUCACAGUAACCGAUUAAAUAUUCUAUGUGACUUGACAUACCAUCUUGCUUGAGUAAUUAACCCAGGGCCCAGGCAAGAGUGGUCCCUGCAUCUGUGCGGGGCUACUUCCCAAGUCACCAACCCCUGUGGGUGCCCCCCACCCCCCGACCAUCCCGCUGAGAGCAGCCAGGGCAAGAGUGACGCAGAAGUUUCUGUAGUGGAAUGAAGGGCUCCGGUGCGACAGUGCAGGCCCCGUAGUCCACGCCUCCCCAAACCUGGCUGAGCUUUUCAAACACCAGGUUCCUGGGCCCCACCUCAGAAUUAGCGAUUCUGAAGGGGGCCAAGGGGGGCUGAAAACUACUGUCCUCGGAAUGACUGAGCGCCAGCCACGCUUGGGAAUCACUGGCGAGGUGGUUUUUUACAGGCAGGGCACAGAGGCUCCUGGAGAGUGACCGAGGGUCACCAGCAGCCCAGACAGUCAGGUGAGGAGUGGGACUUCUCACCAGGGAGGUUUCCCCACUGGGCUUUCUUCCUCAGGUGGCCAUUUCUCCCGGUUAGUCAUCGUCCCGAAUUCCAAAAGGGAACGGGAGAAAGAAAAACAGGCACUAGGCUCUUGAUAAGCGUUAUUCUGUAAUUUGUGCUUUGGUCUUUUUACUGUCUCUUCUGGAAGCCACUGUUUCUUAGAUUACUGAUGUACUGAGCCCCACCAAUCUCCAUUUAUCACUCAGGAAAGAAGGGAGCAGGUGGAACGUGCCAUUGUGUUCUGUGACCCCUGCUCUGAGAUGCCCCAGGAGGCUCCCACACGAGGGAGGGCCCAGGGACCCCGACCAGAGGAGGCUGUCGGAGCAUCUCCCCAGCUCCGGCACCAGAUCCUGUCCCGCCCGGCUGUCGCCAGGUAGCCUGUGCUGGGGGCACACUCUUCAACAAGUCUUGAGCUGCUUCCCACCUCCUAAAGGACAGGUGAGAUCCUGGCCAGGCCUCCUCCCAGGGGUUGAGGUCUCCCAGUCUGCAUGAGCUGUGAUGGUGGGUUCCGCACCUCCUCCUGAGAUGUGUGACCACCCCCGCUGGUCCCACAGUUACCAGAACUGACAGCAGUAGCAUGUGCCCUUUAAGGAGCGUUCGAGACUCCUGCCGAAGCCACCUGUCACACCAGGACAAUGGGCGUGGAGCGGGUUUUAAUCACCAGCCAACAGAGGCAUUAGUGAUCCGUGCCGUGGCAGAGAUCUUACUGCAGAGAUGAGAAGGCCUCAUGAUUAUCGUUAAUGUCGGCAUUAGAAUAAGAAGCUCAGUGAACUUCUUUCUCCUUUUCCUUUUUUCCUGUCUCUUAAUGGCACUUCCUUCCCCUUCUCUUGAAGGUUCACUGUGGUUUUGGUUGGCCUGUUUCCAUAGUGACCAGGAGAGCUGAGAGCCAGCUGGGAGUUGAAAACUUGGUACUGAAAAGAAUGCUGCCUCUCACGAGAUGGGUGACCUGUCUGCAUGUUUAGCCUAUGGAAGUUGCUAAAGGCUUAUAGACCCUUGAGAGGUUCUGCAAAGCAUACAAAUAAUCAAACCAAAAAACUGCCCACCUUCUUGGAGCUCCUUAAUACAACAUUUCAGUGUAUUAAAGGCUCUGAGAAGUCCUGUGUCACCUGUUAACUCUCCAUCAACCCUGCACCUCCAAACUGCAUUGAAGCUGCAAUCCUUCUUGCAUCUCAAACUUAAUCCAGCCAUCCCCGGAAUCCAUGUUACGGCACUCCUGCCAACUGUGGGAGAGCUUGCCUUCUUCCUGUUCCAAGGCAGGUUUCAUUGUUCCCUGAGAGUCACAGAACCUGUGGUCUGUUCUCCCCAGCUCAGCCCAGGUCAUGAGCAAAGAGGCGGUCAUUCAACCAGAAUCCAGGGCAGAUUGGGCUGAGCACAUAGAAAGACCGUGCUUGCUGUGAGGAGCAGGAAGGCUUUCACCUCGGGAGGAGGACUGCUGUGAAUUUUUAGCCUAAGCUGGCUGUUGUGCUUUUGACAAUAAGGUUGUGCUGCCGGCUUCUAUUCAGAUUUUCUCGUGCCUUGAUGUCUGUCUUGCCGCUAUGCUAUGAAGGAUGUUUAUGAUCUAUGCACCUUAGAAUCUGGUAUGAUUGAGGCGUGAGUGUUCUUUAAAAGGUAGGGUCGAUGAGGACAAUUUCUUCUUGUAGACCCACUUCAAAUAGCUAGUGCUGGCUCCAUUGUUCUAAGAAAGGAUUUUCCAAGCUCUUUGGGGUCCAUGGAGAGGGGCUUUGUGACCCAGGGACAGUGCCUGCAUGGGUGCGGGAGAGCGCAGCGGUGGGACCAUGGCGGGUUCCUGCUGUCUGCGCUUUUAAGGUGGAAGUCGGUGUGCUGUGCAAUCCAACUAAGACUAGAGGGAAACUGUCUGUAACCCAGGUGGGCAGAACUUUGGGGCACCCUUAGCAGGCGGCCCUUUGAACUGCAGAAUCACAAUAAUACGAUUUCCAGCCGCAGUGAAAAAGGCUUGGGGUCUCCUGGCCACCACGUUGAGACAGAAACGGCAACUUUCCCCAUCGUGUUGUCAGCGCUCCCAGCUGUUCGCUUUGAACUUUGACAACACCUUGAUUGUCUUAUUUUGAUCUUUCAGAAUGAUGGGCUUUUAUUCAGGUUCUGAUUUUUUUUUUUUUUUUCUUUUUAAAGAACUAGAGUUUUAACUUCAUAUGAGUGGUAGGCUUUGAAUUUGAUCCUCGCCCAAGUUGGAACCCUGUUUGCUUAAGACGUUAGUGUAAUGACAGAAGGAAAGCAGAGUAGUAAAGCUGAAGAAUCCUUGUUACUUACAGUGGUCUGUCUGCUGUUUAAAAUAUACAGAUUAUCUUAGCACCUUGCUUGUGUGUAUGGCUCAAUCUGUAUUUCUAACGUUCUGCCGCUUUUAGAAAUCUAGACUGCCAGGUGGUAGGUCUACGUCUUUCUAGGUCUUAAUCUGAGCAGAAAACCUCAUGUGUGUAUUUCUAUUCUAAAUGCCCUUCCCUUUGCCCCUUAAAUCAUAAGUUGGCCUCAUGGUGACUUAGUGGGAACUGGAGAAGUCAACCCUAAAGGGGGUUCAGUGUUGGAUGGCAACCCAGAUGCCCAAGGGAAGUGGCGUCCCUCGCAGGUCUAGGGUCCCACUCUUGAGUUCAGGUGAAUUAAGGGCCUGGCCCCUAAGCCAGCAGGGACCUCUGGGUGACAGGCACCCAUGUAGGAAGUGAAGGGCUCCCCCCACCCCUUGUAGACCUCGCAGCUUCCUCCUCCUCUUACCCUUUCCUCCAUGGCAUGUGCCUCGGCCAGCAUCUCACUGAGCUUCUGGCUCUCAGGUCUUCUGGUUAGAAUCUGAGACCCCUGUUCCCAAACCUGGACGGGCAGUUCCAGCCGUGUGGCAUGGACAUCCUUGCUGUCUCCAUAGAUUCUGAGCAUCUUCAGAGGGGAAGGGGCCAUGUCCCUGACCUCCAGGAUAAACCUCUGAAAUGUAGGGCCACUCUCCAAGUGCUUGGAGAGUCCAUCCCCUGUGUCCGCCGAGCCUGGCAGUUUUUAAAGUUUUUUGAAAUGUUUUGAUACUUUUUGAUACCAUUUGCUAAUAACCAUUUUGUAGUUGCCUGCCAGGGUUUUCAUUUUCCAUCUCCCCACGACCACCCCUCCCGAGGUCAGCUCCAGGGUCUUGUCAUAGCGACCUCCCAUGGCCAUGACGCUCUGCCAUGGCUGCGAUCUGAUCCAUGCUUUUGAGUUGAGAUGUCACACAUGGCCCAGGAGUGUGACUGUCUUGGGCCUCCAGCUGAGCAAAAGGGCAGUGGUGUGUGAUGAGGAUGCGCCAACGCCCUGAGAUGUUGAACAUUUCUUCCAAAGCUCCUACCGCAGCAGAGUGUGCAGAGUUGAAAAGAUCCCUGAGGGCCGAUCCAUCUGUCACCUUUCCAGUAUGGGUCAUUUUUCAACCCAGGGCCUGGCUGGGUCUCGUCACUCUGGUUCGUCCACCCUUUCUUUUAUAAAGACACAUUAACUUGAAAUCCAACAAAAGCUGUAACCUAAACCAUCCUGUACUUUACAGAGUUUUGGAGAUCGCUCAUCUUUUUUUUUUUUUUUUUUUUUCCUUUUUACACGGGUAGAAUUUGUGGCUUUGCAGGGUGUUCGGUUUGGUGGUCUCAAGAAAUUGUAUUUUGGUUGCCUUAGAAGAAUUAAUGAAUGUACAAAUUUGGGGGAGGGGGGCCGGAGGAGAAACCUUCCUGUGUCAGUUUUCUUUGAGAAAAGGAACUCUACUUUUCCAAGUUACUUGGGCCGUCUUGACAGGUUUGCUUGUGAUAGAAGAAAAAAGUCCUUUGGAUCAACUGAAAUCCAUCAUUACCUCCAGCUCCCUUGCAGAAUUAGAUCUUUGAUGAUUAAGUGUUGAUAAUUCACUGGGUAUGUUCUGGCUGCUAAUGUUACUGAAGCUGGUUAUCACGUGUGCUACUUUUUUCAUUUGUUGCUUUUGUAUUGUAACUGUAUGACACCCAAAGCUUUUCUGUUUCUUAUCUCUUCUUAAUUUCCUGCAUGUUGAAGUUUUUUUUCCCCUUCUGUUUUUAACUCCAUAAAGUAUUCAGUUCUCGAAACACAUUAAAAAUGAUUUGCCUGCUAGGGUAUGGCUUAUUUUAUAAUUAAA